UGUAUUCUCAAAAUUACAUUCGUAUCCGUCCUAUUUUAUAGCUCAACUGAAGCGUCUCAGUAACCUCUGCAAAAAUCUCUUUGUCGGUCUGUAAAUCGUAACUCAGCAAUGACCGAUCUCGACCGGGUCAGAAAGGACGAUCCUUUCCUCUUGCAGUAUCAGCCAUCCGAUCUCCGAAUUGCGUCGGAAUUCCUCACCACCUGGCUCCCUUUUCUCUCCAGAGAUCUCUGCCACCACUGCACCCAGGUCCUUUCCGAUCGCAUACGCUCUCUCGACCCUGAACUUGGUGCCGAAGCAGAACCUUCACGGUCAGAUAAAACAAUAACGCCUGCGGCCCUGAGCAAUGCUGAAUCGCAUGAGAAUUGUUGCGAUGGUAACUGUGACAAUAAUUCAUCGGGGAGUUGGAAAGAUGGGGAUGGAGAUGAUGCGAAUUCUUUAGGUAGUUGGAAAGAUGGAGCUAGUGGGUGGUCUGAACCUGUUUCUGAGGCGUCUACUAGUGGAAUUCUUGGUGCUGCGCCUUUGAUUGAAGCCCCGAGCCACCGGAUGUCUUGGGCUGACAUGGCGCAGGAAGAUGAGCUUGUGGAGGAGGAGGAACAGAGGGAGUUGAACAAGCGGAUGGUUAAUAGAAGUGCUUUGACUGGGGAGAUGAAGAUGUCAAAUGAGCUUGAGAAGCCCAAACUGUCGAGAGAGCAAAGAGAGUACAUCAGGUUUACUAGUGUGAAGAGGAAGAAGGAUUUUAUUUGUUUGGAGAGGGUCAAAGGGAAGAUUGUUAAUAUUCUUGAUGGACUUGAACUCCACACUCGUGUUUUUAGCGCUGUAGAGCAGACAAGGAUAGUUAAUUAUGUGCAUGAACUUCAGGAGUUGGGGAUAAAAGGAGAACUGAAAGAAAAAACAUAUACAGCCCCACAGAAGUGGAUGAAGGGCAAAGGGCGCAUAACUAUCCAAUUUGGUUGUUGCUACAAUUAUGCAACAGACAAAAAUGGUAAUCCACCUGGCAUCCUCCAGAAUGAACUUGUAGAUCCUAUACCUAAACUCUUUAAAGUGAUCAUUAGAAGGCUGAUCAGAUGGCAUGUUCUCCCUCCAACCUGUGUACCUGAUAGUUGUAUUGUUAAUAUUUAUGACGAGGGGGACUGUAUACCUCCACAUAUUGACAACCAUGAUUUUGUUCGGCCUUUCUGCACUGUGUCAUUUGUCAGUGAGUGCAAUAUAGUAUUUGGAUCAAACUUAAAGGUUGUUGGUGCUGGCGAGUUUACUGGAUCAAUUGCAAUCCCUCUGCCAGUGGGAUCUGUUCUUGUAUUGAAUGGAAAUUCAGCUGAUGUUUCUAAGCACUGUGUGCCUUCAGUUCCAACAAAGAGGAUAUCUAUUACAUUUAGGAAAAUGGAUGAAGCGAAACGGCCAAUUGGCUUUGUUCCAGCGCCUGAUUUGCAGGGAAUUGAACCAUUAAUGUAUGAUGUGAACAAAAAAAAGAGGUUAGAUUCUCCCAAGUCUGAGCCUUAUAGGAGAAGGCAGCCAUUUGGGAUGGAGGGUAAAAUGGAAAUUAGAGGAUUUGGAGAGAAUGGUUCCCAAUCAGAACCUCGUUACUCAACUCAGAGUAGACGAAGGUCUGCAAAUAAGCGGAGUUUCAGGUGAUGGAUGAGAUCAAACACCCUUCUGUUGGUCCAAGUGUAAUUUUCGGAUGUGAAUUGCUUAGAUUUGUUUGUGGGCAUAUUUUGGUCUUAUAUGGAUAAGUUUGUUAUAGAGGUAGUGGGUGUGAAAGAGCUAAGGGAAAUGGCAUAUGGGCAUUUAUAUAUCUAUUCAAGUAUGUAUAACUGUGUUGAAUGAAUUCUUUAGUUGAAUACUUACUUAAGAUGUAUACAAGCAUUUAUGACUGGAAUAGAGAGCAUUAUUCAAGAGUAUGCUUUUAUUAUAAA